CGCGCUGGAAAUUUCUCAGCCUAUUGUCCCUUUUGCCCUAACAGAACGAAUGUCAUGUAGUUUUAUUCCCCAGGGGGGACCUAGCGCGAUCCCGACCGAGCCGGCUCCAGCGUGCCUGCCCCGGCGGCCCCCAGCCGGCCAUGCCCGCCCCCGGCGGCACGUCGGGGCGCCGCUCCCGGCCCCAUGACGGGGCGGGCCCUGCCGGAGCGCGGCGCCUGGCGGAGGCCGCGGGCGGGGCCGCCGCCACCGCCUCCUCCCGAACGGUCGCGGGCCGUGCCGGUGGUGGGGCCCGCCAUGGGGCUGUGCCUGCCUUGCAUGGGGGGGGCCGUCAAGGACGUGGUGGAGACGCCCGACCCGGAAAUAAAAAGAAGACAGCUAGCAGAAGCUGCUGAAAAGAGGCAGAUGGAGGCUUCCUCUCGAGGUAUUAAGAAUGCUUACUCUGUAGAGCAAAAGAAGAAGAAACAGGAGGAAAUAGAAAAAAGAAUUGCAGCUUCAGGUUCUGGAGGAGAAGGAGGACUGAGAUGGCAGGUUGGAUAAAGAAGUAUGACUUCUGGAGAGAAGAUUGAUGUUUACUGCCAAUAACUUGCCAGUUUCUGCAGCCAAGUGGCACUUACUCAUCAUGUGGCUUUUGCUGUUUGCAUAUGAAGACCCAGCAGUACUUUGCCAUUGUGGGAGGACAGGUGUGGAAACAUACGCUAAGAAACUUAAGAAUUAACUCUGAACACUAAGUUUUGGCCAAUCUUAUUUGUUUAUUUUAUAUGCAUGUUUUAUUGCUUCCCUGUCAGGAGAGCGAGAUGAAUUUCCUCACAUGGAAGUGGCCUCGUUAGCUGUAGUCAGUCUGUCUGGUCAGUUGAUGUAUAUGUGUCUGCAUAUGACUGGCUUAGGCGCAGCGCUGGUGCCGACAUGUUGUUUCUGACGCUUAUUUCAAACUCUACAAUUAAACUUUCCUCUAAGUCCUCACAUAGAAAGUUGUUCAUAAACCUGUAUAUUUGAAUAUGUGAACGACAGCAUUUCUCUUCAGUUUCCUAAUGACUUCUGAACUGCUUAGGGAUUUAGUGCCUUUUUCAAAAAAGAAAGCAAGUUCAUUGUGGGUCCUUACAAAUGGAAGCAUUUUGUGACAUUAGUUAAAAAAUAGAAACCUUUAUAAGCCCUGUGUACUUAUAGCAAGAAAGCUGUUCUAUAUGAGUCUAAUAAUUGUUCUCCUUAUUUUCUGAUGUGGAUUUCUUUUCAGUCUGUAAUUAUUUAUAAUGAAUACUGGAAGUUAAACAUUAAAUUAAAGAUACUGUUAUUCAUUGUUCUCAUUUAUUACCACAAGAGGGCAAUGCUGCGCUUCUGAGAAUUUUGAAAAACAAAAAGCAGCUUCCUAUGUCAUCUCUUGGAUGGUUCCUUUCCUAAAGCUUCUGUACUAUCUAGGUGGGUUUGUUACAGUGCAAUAACAUUUGAUGAAUGCCCAAAGCUCUGUCACUUCUCUUCUGUACUCAGCAGCAUCUGUAAUCCCUUUCGCCAAUGUCGAGCUGCCUUUGAUUAUUUAGAAGUGCCAAAACGAUGAUGUUAGAACUAGACUUUCAAACUAGUGGCCUCGAGCCACAGCUUUGAUAGAUGAGGGACAUUUGUUGCAGCACGAUGAACGCUGAGAAUCUAGCUCUUAUUUUCCCCGGAGAGCACGAUGCUUGGCCUCAGUAUGUUACUGGCCCCAUUUUCAACCUAGUUUAGGCUGUAGAAGCCUUUUUUUUUUAAAAAAAAAAAAAACACAACAUUUCUUUCACCUCCCCAAGUAGUGUCUCACGCUGUCUUAGGAGCACAGUCCUGACACAAUGAGUUUCCUGGCUUUGCCUUUGGAAUUGAGUUGAGAAGGGAGACUUUUCAGUAUUAAUAUAGUGGCGUUUGAGCUAAAAGGCUUUGUCCUUGGCAGAUGAAUACCUUCAGUGUCCUUUGAUUGCUGACAAUUGCUCUCUUCAGUGUAUUAAUUGGUCGUAGUGAAAUUUAAUGAAAAUACAUUGCAAUAUAAUAAAAUAUACUAAACAUAAA